AUGUUGAAAUUUAUUCGUCCAUCAGGAGACUUUUUCAAAUUAAAAUUGGAUUCACAGCUCCAUCUUCUGCCUUUUCAUCAGAUGAGGAACAAAAGGUUGAACGGCUUUCAGCUUUUGGGACAUAUGUUGUGUCAUCAUAAUGCUCAAUUCUUGAAUCUCUCCGAUAUAACAGCUGUAGAUAUUCCAUCAAGAAAAUACCGGUUUCAGAUGAGGUAUGAUGAAGAGUACAAACGCGUAGUUAUUGAACCUGUUGAACUAGCUCAGGAAUUCAGAAGAUUUGAGUUCAACAGCCCUUGGGAAACCUUUCCGGCUUUUCGAGAUCCUGGGUCACACGAUAAGAAUUUACUUGAAUCAGCCAAAACAGAAAAGCACACAGAAGACUCGAAGCCGAAACUCAUUCCUAAAUAA